ACGUUUGCUUCAGAUUGAGUAGACACUGACAGGCAAAAUCCAUUCAUAAGUUAACGUUAUUUAUUAACUAACAUUAAUGAAGUUUAGUUAUUGUGCUGAGCACAGAUCAUCUGAAUAAUGAGACGUACUAAAGGUCACAGAGUUAAUGAACUGACCACAUAAACCCACGGCACAGGACAAGAAAGACAAAGACUGGACGACAAUCACGCAUAGACAAAGAUGAGGAUUAAGAUUCCAAACCCGGGUGUUGAUGAUCGGAUCCCAUCUCACGCUGAACUGGAGAAGAUCGAGGAAGAGGAGGCUGAAGAAAGACCUCAAUGGGACAACAAAACUCAAUACAUGCUGACCUGUGUGGGCUUCUGCGUGGGUCUGGGGAACGUCUGGAGAUUCCCAUAUCUCUGUCAGAGUCACGGUGGAGGAGCGUUUAUGAUCCCAUUCCUGAUUCUUCUGGUCCUGGAGGGAAUUCCACUGCUUCACCUGGAGUUUGCCAUCGGACAGAGGCUCAGGAAGGGAAGUGUUGGAGUCUGGACCGCCAUCAAUCCUUAUUUAGCUGGAGUCGGUAUCUCCUCCAUGCUGGUGUCGUUUCUGGUGGGGAUGUAUUAUAACACCAUCAUGGCUUGGGUCAUGUGGUACUUCUUCAACUCUCUUCAAGAUCCGCUGCCAUGGAGUCAAUGUCCUCUCAAUGCAAACCGAACCGGUCUGGAGUCAGAAUGCACUGAGAGUUCAGCGGUGGAUUAUUUCUGGUACAGAGAGACUCUGAACAGCUCAGCGGCGAUCGAGGACUCCGGUGGUCUGCAGUGGUGGCUGGUGUUGUGUUUGCUUUGUGCUUGGACCGUGCUGUACAUCUGCUGUAUUCGAGGAAUCGAAACGACAGGAAAGGCCGUGUACAUCACCUCCACGUUACCUUACGUUGUCCUCACCAUCUUCCUGAUAAGAGCGUUGACUCUUAAAGGCUCUCAGAAUGGAAUCAGGUUCCUCUUUACUCCAGAUGUUAAUGAGUUAAUGAAACCAGGAACCUGGCUGGACGCUGGAGCUCAGGUGUUGUUCUCCUUCUCUCUGGCGUUUGGUGGUCUCAUCUCAUUCUCUAGUUACAACCCUGUUCAUAAUAACUGUGAGCGAGAUGCCGUGACGAUCUCCGUUAUCAACGGCCUCACGUCUGUGUACUCCGCAACUGUUAUUUACUCCAUCAUCGGCUUCAGGGCCACUGAGAAAUAUGACGACUGUCUUAACAGGAACAUCCUGACGUUGCUAAAUGCGUUUGAUCUUCCUGAGGGACACAUCACAGAGAGAAACUACGCUCAAGUUCUCCAGAAUCUCAACAUGACAUCACCAGACCUCAUUCAGGAGCUCAACAUGAAGACCUGUGACAUGCAGACUCUUCUCAGUGAGGGAGUGGAGGGCACAGGUUUGGCCUUCAUCGUCUUCACCGAGGCCAUCACUAAGAUGCCCUUCGCUCCUCUGUGGGCCGUCCUCUUCUUCAUCAUGCUCUUCUGUCUGGGUCUCUCCACCAUGUUUGGCAACAUGGAAGGUGUGGUGGUGCCGCUACAAGACCUGAACAUCCUUCCUAAAACAUGGCCGAAAGAACUGUUCACCGGUCUGACCUGUCUGCUGUCGUUCACGAUGGCUCUGAUAUUCGUCCAGUCCUCCGGUAACUACUGGCUGGCUCUGUUUGAUGGAUUUGCCGGCUCGAUUCCUCUUCUGGUGAUCGCACUCUGUGAGAUUAUUGCUGUUGUUUACAUCUAUGGGAUUGACAGGUUUAACAAAGACAUUGAGUUCAUGGUUGGCCACAAGCCCAAUCUUUUCUGGCAGAUCACCUGGCGAUUUCUCAGUCCGGUCAUCAUCUUGGUCAUUCUCAUCUUCUACUUCUUCACUAUAGUCAGAAAACAGCUCACGUAUAAUGUCUGGGAUCCUCAUUGGAUUCAUUUCCCAACACUUAAAACAGCAACAUAUCCUGACUGGAUCAGUGGCAUCAUCUUCAUAUUGGCUGGAGUUCCCAGUCUGGCGAUCCCUGGAGUCAUCAUCUAUAAAUGUCUGUGGAAACGAUUACGUUCAAGGAAACAUGAACAGAAAGAAGAGAUUGACAACUGCAAAACACUUCACAUUACUUUAAAGACAUUCAAGUGAAGAAAUACAUUUCUGAUCUGGUUUUAGAUUUCUGAGGAAUUUAAACACGAAGGAAAAUUUUAAAACAGACAUAUCAGCCUAUAAAUGCAUUUUUCAUCAGAUUACAACCUGACAAUCAAAAAUGAUAGAUUAUACAGAUUAUAUUCUGGUAGAUCUCAUACUGUGUGAUUAUUUUAAGUUUGUACGCUCUGCACUAUUAAGACCUUUAAGAAAGAAUCAUUUGAAACAAGAAAAAAGCUAAACUAUCCAUAUCAGUAGACGUCUAAGCAAUUGAAUAUCGCUAUCAGCACAGAUGUUUUGUAUUUGUGCAUCUCUACUAAUAAACAGCCAUGGAAAAAAAUUAAGAGACCACUUUAAGAUUAUUUUCAGUUUUUCUAAAAUAACUAUUUAUAGGUAUGCGUUUAAUGCAUUUUUUGUUUCAUUAUGUCAACUGUGGACAACAUUUCUGCCAAAUUCCUAAUAAAAAAUUUUUAUUUGCAGAACAAUGAAACCGGACUAACUAACAAAAAGAUGCAAUGUUUUCAGAAAUUGAAAACUGCAAAGAAAACACAUUUAUAUUCAUUUUUAAACAACAUUCGUAUUAUGUUUAUUCUAUGAGUGAUUCAAAAAUGAUAUUUGAUGGAAUAAUCCUUUUACAUUUGCUGUUUAUGUCACGUCUGAGGUUUGCUUUUGUUGGAAUUCGGCAGACACUGGACAGAAAUGUUUACAAUACAUAUAGAAAGGAUGAUAAAAAAGAAGAGAGAGACGAAGAUAUUUAUAAUUUAAAGGAUAACGUACAGUCAGCUAGUCAUAAUAAACCUUGACUUAUAUUUCCUGUAUCAGUCUGCAGGAGUUCAGUGUUGAUAAUUCAGUAUAUUACACAGCUACUGUACACUGCAGUCCUCAUUAUAUUUUUGUAUGAAUGAAGAACGUUGCUAUUGUCCAAUCACAAUAAAGUAUUUCAGAAGACUGUAAUGUACUAGUGAAAAAAAACUCUUACUGGAAUAGUUUAUCUUAUCUUUCACUAAUAAAUUAAUCAUUGUCACAUUCUUCUGAAAUGUUAAGCUGCAUGUCAUUAAAGUCUCUGUGUGACGAGGAAAGAGCUGUGAAAAUAAUACUUUUACAAUUCUCCUGUGUUACAAAC